UUAAAUUAUAGAAAAAUAAAAAUAAAUAAAUAUUAUUAUUAUUUUAAAAAUCUUGUUGUUAAUUAAAAAACGAAAGAAUUUUGGAAAUCAUUACGAGCUUUGCUAGAGCUACAAAUUUUGGAUUAAAAUUAUUUCAGAAAAAACAGUUAAUAUUAUUUGACAUCUAUUUACAACAUAUUAAAGACGCAAACCAGACAUCGUAGUAUACGUUAUUUGAAAAAUUAAAUUAUUGUCAAAAGUGGCAACUUGUUUUUUUUUUAUAUUAGAAUAAUAAAAUAUUAAAAUGAUAAUUCAAUUCAAAACAAUUAAUAAAUCAAUUAGAAUAAAGUAAAAUAUUUAAUUUAAAAUUGAAUCAGAAAUUUUUAAUACAAUUGGAAAGAAAAUUUAUUUAAAACAAAUUAUUUAAUUUAAAAAUUUUAUAUAAAAUUUGUGAUAUAAAGAAAAAAGAAAGCCUUUUGUGCAUAUUAAAGCUUAUAAUUGUAUAAUUGCCAAUAUGAAGCUAUUUAACAAGGAAAAAGAUUCAAGGGGUUGUAUGCGGUUCAGUUUUCUUGGGUUACUUUUUUUUAUAAUAGCGUCAUUAAUCAUCAUUAUAAAUCCAAUAAAAUUAAUUGUAGACGAUCAAUUGUCACUUCGUCCUGGUUCAUUAUUAUUUAAACUUUGGGAGAAGCCUCCAUUAGAAGUAUUCAUUAGAGUUUAUGCAUACAAUAUAACAAAUUUUGAAAAUUUCUAUAAAGGAAUAGAUAAGAAAAUUAAAUUAGAAGAAGUUGGACCGUAUGUUUAUCAGGAGUUUCUUGAAAAUCAUAAUGCAAGCUUUAGUACAGAACAUAAUACAGUGACUUUUCAGCCAACACGUCGUGUUAAAUUUAUACGAGAAAUGUCAAUUGGUGAUCCAAAAAGUGACAGAAUAACAGUUCCCAAUAUACCAUAUAUGGGUGUUACAACAGCAGUUUCAGAAUUUUCUUUAUUAGGUGCAAUUGCUGUUCGAACAUUAAUGCGUACUUUAAGAUCACAAGUUAUAUUAAAUAAUAUAACAGUGGAUGAAUAUUUUUGGGGUUAUGAUGAUCCAUUAGUAUCAUUAGCAUCUAAAAUUAUACCAAAUGUUAUACAUUUUAAAAAAUUCGGUUUAUUAGAUAGGAUGUUUGAUGAAGGUAAAAAUACUGUAACAAUGAAUUUACCACAUAAAUCAAAAUCCAAUAAUAUAGAUGCACCAAUUAGUGAAAGAUUAGUAUCUAAUGAUGAAUACAAUGAUGAACAACGUGAAUCUUUCGAUACGAUUGUAGAUGUAUUAAAAAAUAUUGAACCAGAACAACAGGAAUAUGAAAAACCUUUUAUACCUUUAAUUAGAGAUUUUUCAAUAGAUAAUUUUAAUGGUCAAAAAGGUUUGAAACAAUGGGGCUACGCUGAAAAUAAUCCUUAUGGAAAUUCAGAAUGUAAUACAUUAGCUGGUACUUAUGAUGGAACAUUGUUCCCUAGAAAUAUAACAGAAGGAGAAACAUUUCGAAUUUAUCGUAAAACAUUUUGUAGAACUUUACCAAUUGUUUAUUCGCACCCAGGUGAAGUUGAUGGUGUCGAAGCGUAUUUUUUUAAAUUAGCUGACAAUGCAUUUGACAGUAAUAUAGAUGAUCCGCAAUCAUCAUGUUUCUGUAGGAGAGGAGUUUGUUUAAGAAAAGGAUUGGGUAAUAUUACACCAUGCUACUAUAAUAUUCCAGCUGCAGUAUCAUUUCCACAUUUUUAUAAUGGUGAUCCAAGUUUAUUGGAUUCGAUAGAAGGAUUAGAUCCAUCUGAAGAAAAGCAUGGAUCUGAAAUUGUUUUACAACCGCAACUUGGAAUACCAAUGAAAGUACGAUCUCGUAUACAAUUAAAUUUAUUAAUGGGAGAAAUUAAAUUUAAUUCUGAUAUGAGACCAUUUAGAAAUAUUGUAUUACCAAUUAUUUGGAUUGAUAUGGGUGUUGAAAGUUUAACACCAGGCUUAUUAUUUUUAUUAUAUCUUCUAUUCAGUAUUUUACCAUAUGCUCAAAUAACUUUAAUAAUUAUAUUAUAUGCUGGUGGAAUUGCAGCAUUUUUAAAAGCAAUAUUAUAUAUUAGAUGGAUACCAAAUCGUAUGAGACAUUUACAUGAGAAAGCAUUAGAAAUAACAUCAAUACCAGCUGGUGUAUGUAAAGUACCAAUUGUUAUUGUAAGUGGUCCAGCAAUACUUAGUUUAGAUAAUAAACGUUUAAGUAUAGGUGGUGGUAAAAUAUUAGAAGAAGAAAUGAAAUGUUUAACAUCAACAUCAUUUAAUGAAGAUGAUGAUGAAUUUGAAGAUCAUGAAGUUUUAGGUACAGAUAUUUCUAGAAUACACUAUUAAAGGAACGGAUGAAAGAAUGUAUUUUUAAAAAUAUUCAAUUUUAAAUUUAUAUUAUGUAAUUUAAUUUUAUUUUUAAGUAGAUAAAAAAUAAGAAAUUGUUUUAUUAAAUUUUUAUAAUUAUGAUAACAUAAUAUUGUAAAUAUUGAAAAACAAAAUUUAUUUAAGAAACCAUUAUUGUAUUCUAAUAAAGCAAAAUACUUGUAAGAUCUUUGUAAAUUUCAUCCUAUACUCAUUAAUUAUUAUUUACAUAAGCUGUA